UGUAUCGGGAAGAUGUGUAUAUUGUGAUAUGUUAGCUUUUUUUUUAGUAUUCUUUGUUAGGCACAUUAUGUCUUUGAUAGGCCAAUCAUCUCCUUGUACUUCGUCUUUGAAAAAUGAGUUGUCUAUGACGAAAGAAUGCACAUUCGGUGAGAGUGACGAAGCAUACAUAGACACGGAUGAGGAAAAGGAUUUAGAAAAUGACGUAAGAGCCUAUCUCAUUUCCAAAAAGAAACACGAGAACUCAAAGUCGAGAAACGAUGUUGAUGGCUUGCACAAGAAGUUGGAAGAAAUACGCCUGACGGACGAAGAUAAAAAACCGCUUAAUUGGCUAGAAACUUUGGCAAUGACGACCGAGAAAGCAUUGGAGGUUGAAGAUGUUGAAGACGAUUUGAAGAGAGAAACUGCAAUUUACACAAGUACAUUAGAAACAGUUACACGCGCUUUGAACAAAUUGAAACAAGAAAAACAAAAAUAUCAACGUCCAGACGACUAUUACGCUGAGAUGGUCAAAUCAGAUGAGCACAUGUUAAAACUAAAGGAUCACUUGUUGGCAGAGAAACGUCGAAAGGAAGAAUGGUAUAAGAAAUUGAAAGAAUUACAGCUUCGAAAAUUUGCAAAAAAAGCUCAAGUUUCUGUCUCUAUUAAACGCCAAAAACAGAAAGCCGAAGACCUCGAGAUUGUUCGUCAAUGGCGCCUAAAACAACGAAAUGCCUCCACCAAGAUGCCAUUUCCUAAAGAACUGCUUGAUGUCAAUAACCCUAUUCGCAAAACUAUGCUCGAAUCUGCGCCAAAAUCGAAUUUAGCGCCUCUUAAAUCUAAAAAGAGACUCCUCAAAGAUCAGCAUUACGGGUAUGGUGGUUCCAAAAAAUUCAAGCGUUUUAAUAAUCAAGUCAAAGAAGAUGAAGAUAAAUAUCUGUCCUCCGUUAAACGUCGUCGCGAAUCCAAGAACGCAUUUUUCAGGGAAAAAUCUAAGAAUAACCAUCAAUCCAAUUCUGCCAAAAAGUCGUUAAAAAAUCGACCCGGAAAACAACGUCGGCAAAAACUAAAAUAAAAUUAUUUUUUCCAGUUUUCAAAGAACUUGCUGGCUUGAUAAAUGGCUUCAUGUUUGUCUGUUUUUCUUUUCCCAUAUACAAUUUCAAACGGGAGAUGAAGAAUACCUGCAAUGAUUUUUUUGCCAAGUGCUGUAUUAAAUGCGCGCUUAUCCUCAAUUUGGUGGACAUAGCCAAAAUCGCAGUUAAAUUGUACCAUCCAAUACGAAAAAUUCUUAGGUAUAACGUCACGAACUGACCAAUAUGACCGAGUGGUCUGUCUGAGGAAUUUUGGCUGCAUUGGCUCAAAUCGGCGCUUAGAUUCUUCAGUAUUGUAGAAUACAAAUAAACUCGAAUGAACGUUUGACUCAGAUGCUGCUUCCUGAAUUGCCAUCAGAAAGUGAUUGGGUGUUACUUCCUGAAAUCGAUAUGGCAGAGGAAUACACUCGAUGGUGGUGUGGUGUUCAAAAUUCAAAACAGUUUCCAAAAAAACGCAAAACUGAUUUGAUUUUGCGAACAUAUUUACCAGCUUCUCCAUCAACAUUUUUAGUUCUAUCCAAACAUCCUCCUCAAAUUCUGUGAUACUCGCCAAGUGCUCAUGCGGUACAAUGCAGCAAUGUAAAUGGACCAAUGAAUUUGACGGUUUCAAAAUAAUUGAAUGAUGCGCUCCAAGAUGCAGUAGUAAAUGGUCCGGUAUCGACGUAUUGGAUAAACAGUAAUAGCAGUCUUUUCCACGAAAUUUGAACCCUUGUCGGUAUUCGGUGACUCGUGAAUUUUUUUUUCUUUCAACCUGACAAAAUCCGUCGUACUCUUCGUCUUCUCCCCUUUUUGCAAUGCUCAUGAUUUGCCGAUUCAUUUCAUUUGUACUAAGGGAAUAUCCCAUCAAAUUCUCUAAAUGCUCUCUCUUCACCAUCUCGUUCAGAGAAAGAUUUCCUUUUUCGGUCAACUUGCUCCUCAGCACCUCUCUAGACACUGCCGGCCGGUCAAUAGAUAAAGGCCUCGAGCUAUUUGAGCCUGGAACUGAAUAAUUGCGACCUUCUGACAAAUUCUUCUUCAGUAGGCGUGCAUAUUGCUUGUUCUUGGUAGACACGUUAAACGAGGAAUCUGGUACAACAGAAUUCAAUUCCUGUUCCGCGUUUUUAUGCUUAGCCAUCAAAUUAAUAACAUCUGAACAUUGUUCAGUAGUUUUGUCGUUUUUUGAGUCAAAUUUCUCAUCUCGCUCUUCCUGAUAGCUCGUCUUGUUCUUGUAAUCUGCCUCUAUUGGUCCUGUCAAAUGGGCAACUGACUCGCAAUAGCUAGAUGAUUCAUUUUCAGAUAAAACGCAAGAUUUAGCUACAUCAUUUUCGUAUUUCGCCGAACAAGAGACUGGAAUUUUCUCUUGUUCUUCUUUUUUCCAACCAGGUUUGUGCCUUUUUCCAUCAAAUGCCCUAUUUGCUUCGCGGCGCUCAGGCACUUCCCAGCCUACCAUCCACGCAUCUCUCGUAACCUCAUGGACUUGAUCAAAAGAAUAUGAAUCAUCCGAUACUCCCACGGUUGACCCAUGCGAACGUUUGUCUGAGCAUUUUGAGUCAGACUUGUAACUUAGUGAACCUAACUGAGACUGGUUUGAAGGUUCAUUCAAACAAUCCCGACGCUUCUCUCUCUCUUGAAAAUCUGAAGACGAGUGAUGGGACCGAUGGCGAUGAGAGUGUUUGUGUCGUUUCUUAUGAUGGGCGUCACGUUUGAGACUUGCCUCGAACUCCGAAA